GGUCAUACUUCGUAGAGGCGCACUUGCCAUCUAAGGCUAGCCCAAAUCGCGUCCUUUGAUGCGACGCGAACGCGCUCGCGUAGAACCACUUUGAUGCUCAAGUUCUCCCCACCACGAACAUUUGCACGCUGAACAUCUUCUAAUCGCUGUCCGCCCAAUCUUUACUCAUAAUUAGCGAGCAUAGAAUAAUCUUUAACCCGCUUGUUGUUCUUCCGCCACAUUUACAUUCAGACAUAGCAGCCCUGCACACGAACGCGAGUUGGUCGCGUCCAUUCGUCUCGACUGUACCCGCGUAGCCUUCGCCUGCAACCCCCCUCCCCCCCAUACAUUGAACAUGGCCACAAUAUGUACUGGUGCGACUACUGCGCCCACAAAACCUCGAUCAAAACUUAUAGCAGCUCUACGAAAGCCAACUUCCAGCGAUUCUUCAGACAGCAGCGCAGACUCGGCCAGCGAUGCUUCAGAUAUCGAGGACACGCCUACAAACACCAAGUCUGCACACGAUUUGCGACUCCAAGCCAGAACCCCAACACCUGAGGAAGUGGAGGAGGAGGACGAAGUUGAUGCAGAGAGCGCGUACUUGCGCAUGAAGCAGAGAUUGGCGGCGGAGAAGGACUCACGUCAGCAGCAGGCGCAGAAGCCGGUACUUGUCCAAGCAACGGCUAUCAGUAGUGAUGAGGAAGAGUCAAUGCCAGUAGGAAAGGCUACCCGCACAUUGGCAGGAAAUACAAGACCAAGCCCACGAGCCUCACCGUCACCAAGCGCCCAAUCACGCCAGUCGUCUCCUGGCCUUUUUGUCUCGCCAGGCCCGUCACCAGUCAAGAAACGGUCCCCGAUCCGAGAAACAGCUGGCUCCGAUGCAGAUGAGUCGUCACAACAGGCGUCUGCCACCGACCUACAAGAGCGCGUGAAGCGCAUCAGAGCCGAGAGACUUGCCCGGCAGCAGGGGGCAGCUGCUCAACCGACGCAGCAAAAUGCACCCAAGCGAUCGUCUGAGCAAGAUGCGGCCAGUGACGAUGACGCCGAAGUGGACAGGCGGCUGACACAACAGUCCAAGCCUACUCGACGCGCAGGCAAGAAGGCUAUGGAGGCAAUGGCUCGUGACCAGCAACGAAUCAGCCGUAACAUGCAGCUCACGCACCAGGCCAAGACGAAGAAGAGGCACACAACGAAGGAUCUGUUUGCCAAAUUCGGGUUCACCGCGCCGGGUCAGAAAGAGACCACAGCACCUCCCACACCGGAGAAGACUGCGGGUCUUGUGUCAUCAGAUGUCGAAGCUCAGGCAAUGCAUGACACACCACCCACUAGCCCACUUCGCCAGGGCGAAAUGAUGGAGGACACGGUGAAGACUGCAACCCCAACACCAAAGGCAGUAGCCAUGAAAGAAGUCGACACCACACCAGUUCCUACGAAAUUAGACAAGGGCAAGGGACGCGCCCCAGAGUUCGCACAUCUCCCUACACGUGUGUGGCCGACACAAGUACAGCCAGUGACAGUACAGCACGCACAAAUGCAGUCUGCCCGGCCUUCAGACGACAUGGUGGAACUGUCUGACUCUGACUCCGACGCAAAGGAGGCGCCAAAGAGCAGAUUCGCUGUGUUUGACAGAAUUUGCACAAAGGAGGACGAGUCCAAGUCAUUCGUGACCUUGCGUCACCUGGCCCAUCUCACUUCUACCAAGCAGACUCGCCAAGGCCCGAAGGCGAUCAGUCGCAGCGAGAUGCACUUCUCCCUCGCACAACGUGCCCGCCAGCAAGCACAGAAGGCACGUGAAGAGAAAAUCGAAGAGCUGAAGCGCCGCGGUGUCUACGUCGAGACCGAGGAAGAGCGGGAGAAGCACCAGAUGGAGGUCGAGGAUCUGGUGGCUCGGUUCGAGAAGCAGCGACAGAAAGAUCUCAAGCUGGCCAAGAUGGAGAAGAAGGAAGCCAAGGCCAAUGGGGAAACCGACGACCUGCCAUCCAGCGAUGAGGAUGACGGAGACUAUGUUGGCAGCGGCGAAGAGAAUGCGGCUGAAGACGACAACGAAGACCAGGAAGACGAGGAAGAGGCUGAGCUGGAGCUGUCCGGGUCAGAAGACGAACCGAUGGAGGACGAAGACGCCGAGGCGGAAGACGUGACGAUGGUCGAACCUGCUGAAGCGGCUGACGAGGAUGAUGAGCUCAGUAUGCCCGUACGCAAGUCGACCACAGCACGGGCUCGCAGAGUCGUCGAGGACGACGAUGAGAGCGACGAUGAGGCCGAGACAUCCGGAUCCCCAACACAGCAAGCAACCCAUGAUGAUGCAAUGGCGGCCUUUGGAUUCGGACACUCGAGCCCUGGACCCGGUCUGACACAGAUGUUCGCUGGCACGAUGGCGAACCUGAACGACUCUCAAGCCACCCAGGAAGAGGCCGAGCAAGACUCUCUCGACUUCCUGCGAAGCCUGCCAGACACUCAACCGGACGUUGCGUUCAGUCAGACGAACGAUACGCUAGUGCCCAACAGCCAGCUGUUCGCGACGCCUCGCAAGGCGUCACAAGCUGGAGCGGAAACCCAGUUCAGCUUCGGGAUUGGAGAUCUGAUGGGGCCAAGCCCUUCGAAGACUCAACUCUCCGAGGCCCCUGAGCCCACGCAAGAUGCCGGCUUCUCCUUCUCUCGAUCGCCGGCUGGCGUCAUGGCCCCGGCCUCAACUGUCGAGACGGUGAUGAUGUCAGUCGCCGAGUCGCCGGUCAAGAAGAGAUCUGGCAAGCUGCAGCGCGGGCGGCAAGAGGCGGCCGUCGAGCUCUCUGACGUGGGGGAGGACCUGAAUAACGCGGACGCGGAGCUGAGUGACGUCGAUGAUAUCCAGCGGCCGCCAAAACACAGGGACGCGUUCCGCACCAUGCAGAAGGGCGCAAAGAAGCAGAAAGCCCUCGAAGCCUACAGCAAGAAGACCAGCGCGGCCAAAGACGUCGUCGAGGAGCAAGCCGACGAAUCCGAAGACGAGUACGCAGGUAUCGGCGGGGCCAGCGACGACGACAGCGACGAGGAAGACGAAGACCUCAAGGACAUGAUUGAUCAGUCGGACGUCAAGGUCGACGAGCGCCGGAUCGCCGCCUUUUAUGCCGAAAAGUCCAAGAAAGACGACGAGAAGAACAUCAAUCAGCUCUACAAAGACCUCAUGAGCGGCGGCCUCCGCAGGCGAGCCGGGCGCAACGCGUUCGACAUGUCCGACUCGGAAGACGAAGCCGAGACGCGGGGGCGCAGGAAACGCGCCGAGUUCGCGCGCAUGCAGAAGGCGCUCCUCAGCGACGAGAAGAUUGGCAAGCUGGCCGACAACCCAAAGCAACAGGCCUUCUUCAAGACGCUGGCGGACUUUGCGGAUGAUGCCGAGUACGACUUUCUCGAGCUGCCGGAGCCGAAGAGCGUGUACGCGGAGGAGAGCCAGAGCCAGAGCCAGAGUCAAGAUCAAGAUGAAGAACAAGAUCAAGAUCGAGAUGAAGAACAAGAUGAAGAACAGCAGGCUGCGGGGACAGAGGAUGAGACCGUGGACGUUGUCCCGGACUCACAGGCAAACGAGACAACCACACCUCCCCCCAAUGCUCUCAAACGCAAAUCCCCCCCACACAGCCAGAAAGAAAACCGCGGCCCGCCCGCUGCGCGGCGGAGCGAAAACGGGCUGAGCCGCCGCCCCCUCACGCUCGCAGACGUGCAGACCAGCGUCUCAGAGCUACUGGCGGACUCGCGCGCCGCGGCGCCAGACAGCCCGUACGCGUCGUCCAGCGACUCAGAGCCGGACACGGCGCCCAAACGCGUGCGCGGCCCCGUCGUCGACCGGCUCUCGCUCAGCAGGCAGGCGACGCUCGACGAGUCGCGCGAGGCGGACGCGGGACAGGCCUUUUACGCGCCGUCGCGGGCAGCGACGGGGUUCCGCGUCCCCAGCUUGAUCCGCCAGGCGACGUCGCUCUCCGCGUCCACCGUCUCCGAGGGCGGGGGCGGGCGCGGCAAGACGGGCCAGAGCGAGGGCGUGAGGAGGGGCGGCACGGGGCGCAGUAACAUCCACGCGCAGGCGCGCGAGGCGGAGCGGCGGGCGGUGUUGGAGAAGAAGGAGGGGCGGCGGAAGGACGAGCUGAGGCGCAAAGUGGACGGGGCGCGGAAGAGGGGGGUGAGGAGCGUGCUGGGGGAUUUGGGGGGCGGGUUUGAGUAGGUAGGCGAGACUUGGGUGCAUGCAGGCAGUACAUUCGUAGUUGUCACCUCCCAUCACACCCUCUUACUGACCCAUGACACCCUUUCACUGACCCAUCACACCCCCUCACUGACCCAUGACACCCGCUCACUGACCCAUGACACCCGCUCACUGACCCAUCACACCCGCUCGCUGACCCAAAUCGCCCCGCGACACCCCGCGCGUAUGCCCUGGGUAAGCACGUCGUACGGCCUUGCCUGCUUCGCGUCGUUUUCCACGGCGUGAUCCAGAUGCUCCAACUCCUCAUCCCUUAUCCGCCUCAGCUCGCCCACCAGCCUCUCCAGCUCGGGCCCCAGCGUCUCCCCCCUCGCCUCACACUUUUCACUCCAAUCAAGCAGCACGCGAACCUGCUCGUUGUAAUGCGUCCCAAUCUCCGUCUCCACAGCCUCGGUGCACGCCAUGGCGGCCUCGCGCCC